UCGUUUAUUUAGUAUUCAUGUAAGAAUUAUGAAAUCUACUUUUCUAGUUAAAAUGAUGCUCCUAAAAGCAUCUCUUGCUUGUGUUAUAGUCAAAGAGGGAGACACGUUGACGUUGUCGUAUUUGUUUCACAUAUGGGACAAUGAACAAUUUAUCUGGCAAAAAGACAAUGAAUCUUACUGUACGUGCUCAGUUCAUGACUGCAUUUUUGACCCUCUAAUUACAUGGGUUACCGCUGAUAUUUAUAGCAAUGAUAAAGGUAUGACAACAAUUUUGGAAGUACCUGAUGUUACAAGGCAUCCGCCGAGAAACUCGCAGGGUAUUUGGAGAGUUUUUAUACACAACCAAAUACUUUAUUCUUGUGACGUUAAAAUAUACGCUGCAAUUACUGAGACUGAGUAUCGAUUUGAAGCAGCUCAAUCAAAAACUCUUGUUACAUUUGGCGCUGUGAUGUUUCCUGAAGGGAUGUGUUCAUUGAAAAAUCCAAACGUGCAGCCAGCCUUCAACAACAGAGCAAUAAUCAUCAACUCUAUCACAUAUUACAAAUUCCAAUGUAGUUUUUAUCUAGCUAAAAACGAUACGACCUUUGACAUGGAAGUUUAUCCUAAUUUAUUCAAUAAUGCCACUGAUAAAAACUACGGCAUUCAUACUAAACUUAUCCUUCCUGUUGAAACAAAAAACAAAAAGCAAGAGGAAUUUUAUUACCAUACUACAAUAAUUGUUUCUGUGAUCCUAGCAGUAACAGGGACUGUCUUGGCAGUGAUUGUUUUCCAAUAUGUACGGUUGAGAUGCAAGUCAGGAAGUUACAAAGUUAGAUAAGAGAUUUUUUUUUCCAUCAGAGAUCUUUACGUUUUGAAACUAAUCCUGAUUAUCAAAGUCACAAUGGAAAAGGAGUGAGAGCCACGAGCAAACAUUUUAAAUAUAUUUAAGUCAAAACAUUGUAUAUAUGUCUAAUACCCAAUAGUGAAUUCGACAUGAAAAUGAGUUAUUUAAUAUCUGUAUCCUUAAACUUGACUUGAGUUGGAAUUACAGCUUAUGAUUUGUGCGUAAAUUUUAAAAACGACCUAAUCUUUUUCAGGUUAUCUGAUCAUACUAUUUUACUAGGUAUGUUCUGGUAGCUAUA